AUGGAUAACCAAGCCAAAGUUUUACAGUAUCUCAUUUCAGUAGAAAAACUGGCCGAAGAAAUUAUAAAUGAUAAACGUGAUAUAAUACUUCUAGACAAGAGAAGAAAUCAGAAUCGUGAAGCACUCAGAGAUAUUAGUAAAGCCUGCCAAACAAAUUGUUGGGUGACAGUUGGAUCUGUUCUUCUAAAACAUAAAUUGACAGAUACAAUAUCACUACUAGAAGCUGAUCAAAAACAACUAAACAUUGACAUAAAUAAGCUACGGAGUAAUUUGAAAGUAAAAGUUAAUGAUUUAAGAGAUUUAGAAAUGUUACCCCCAGUGUCUGGUUCACUGCUAGUCCCUUUAACUAAUAAAGAAUCUGAAGUAUUUAUGUCUGCUAAACCUGUAGUAGAACAAAGACAUUAUCACCACUACAUGUGA